UAGUUCGGAAUUCAGUCCAGUUAGCAUUGCUUUUCCUCUCGUGUAUUAAAAGUAUUAAAGUUUGACGAAUACCAAAUCAGUUCUCAUUCCCAGCCGACAAGGCAUACAGUUCACAACGCAAACAUUUCCGGUCAACAAAAUUUUAGAUUAUUAUAAAUAGUGUUAAAAUAACCAAAAAACCCUAUACAAAAUUCCAGUCCAUAGAGAGGAAAUAAAAUUAACAGAUUCUUUCGAAAUUAAAGUUGUAAAAAUUCUCAACCGGUUUUGAUUCGAUCCUUAUAGUAAUUUUUAGCAGCGUAAGGAUGAAUCCUUCAAUGAAGUUGGCGAAAACUAUGAAUAAAUGUGCUCGAGUUUUGCGGCACCGUAGCAGCCAAUUGAUUGGAUCUCACGGAAGGUCCUGGUCGACCAUGGGAAAGCCGAGAUCAUCGACGACAUUCAAACUAUCAAAUAUUAAUUUGAAAUCUACAUCGAAACUGGCCGUCAAGGAAUCUUCGCUGGCCGUGGAUCAGCGUCGUUAUUAUAACGAUCGCAAUGAUUGGCAGGAAGUCAAGCAAAAGGGAUACCAGCCUGGUAUGGAUGCCACAUACGAGAUGCCCCAUUCUGGCCCAGGUACAACCCGAUAUGAUGAGAUCUAUUUGAACAGAGAGCCAGCGCCGAGAUAUGAAGAGUCCGAUCAAUAUGACGAUGGUGAGUCGCAGCAGCAUCCAUACGCCCAAAUGGGACAGCAUGAUGGUGAGUCACGUCGUCGCAUGACCCUGGAUCCAGUCGAGCAUCAGAUGCGUCAGGAGCGCAUUAUUGAAGAAAAUAGGCGCAAGUGGCAAAAUCGUACUGAACCCAAUCGAGAAGUCCAUGCUAAUGGCAUUAGCUACAACAUUGACAAAUUCUUAGGGGCUGAGAAUACCAAGCUAAAUGCCAAUCGUGUGGUCAAAAAUAAGCAAACGGCUGAGGAAUAUAGUCGUAAUCGUCGAGAGGCUCGCCAAAAUGAGCUCAGGCGUGCGGGCUCCAAGGACAACAUGCAAAAUGAGGACAAUGACUUUAACAAGCCAUCGGAAGCCUGGCUUAACAAACAGAUCGCGGAGCACAAUGAUAAGCAUUGGCAUACGUGGUAUAAUUGCCCCGACGAACGAGACAUCGCUAAGAAGGCCCAACGGACGUGUCAGGCCCGUAAAUUCCAGCAGAAAAGGCGAUUCCAUCCCUAUGACGUCACCCGCCGCGGUCUUCAUCAGCACCAGGCAUCUAAUGAAGGUACUGAAGUUUCUGACGAAGAAUUUAAUAAUCUCAAGGAACAUGCUAAAGCUCGUGUCAAGACACCUCAACAAGCAAAGAGUGAGUAUUUACUUAGUUUGAUGAAGCAAGACGAGGACAUCAGAAGACAACAGGAGGACGCAGACAGCGACGUAGAUGACGAUGAAGAGAUGGAGGUUGUUCCACCAGCUCGUCGUAGGGUCAAACCUGCGACCACACAAGCUAAGCAGCCAAUAGCACCGCGGGCUGAAGCUCGGCCAGUCCAACAGGUACAACAGGACGAGACAUACGACCUGAUGAUGUCACAGCCUAAAUGGCGUCGUCCAAUGCGUCGUAAUAAUAGUCUGAGAGUUCCUUAUGACCAGCAGCGUUCACACAGCAUUUCGCCACCACAAUUCCAGAUGUCUGUGAAAGCCAAAGUGAUGCGCAAUCGUGCUCCAGUCUGCAGUUUCUCAGACACCGUGAUGAGUCGUAUGUCGACCAAGUCCAACACCAACACUCAAUACCGUGAUUCUGUUCGUCCCUCGAUCAGUGCCACAUGGAAUGACUUUACUAGCUCGCAUAUCUCUAAGGCAUAUUCCAAUUAGCCUUUAAGUUUAAAUUGGAACAUCGGGAAUGAUGGCGUUAAAAGGAAAUUUGCUAAAUUUACUGUAAAUGGAUUUUUUUAAAAAAUCUUUUACAGUUCAGAAAGGGGAAUCAUCCACCUUCUUUUGUUUUGUUGUAUUUUAUUUGAGAAAUAUUGUAAAACUUCCCGAUUCAGAUGUAAUAAGACUAACAAAAGCAAUUGCAAGCCAUAACAAA